AUGCCUUUUCGAACUUGGCUUGAGCUUCACGCAUCUGUUCAGUCACAUUGCGGACCUAUUAUUUACUACUUUUCAACUUCCGGUGCCGAUGUCAAUGAUAUGGCGACUGUUCUUUAUGCCAAACUUUUGGUUUUAGGAAGUUCUGCUGUUGGAAAAACUGCUCUGUGCCAAUCAUUUCAAAAUGACGGGACACACUUUUCUAAAAAUUACAACAUGACAACAAAUGUUGAUAUUUUGGUAAAAUCUAUGAAAGUUCCUGGGACAAAAUACAAUGUUGAGUUCUUAUUGAUUGAUACUCCUUCAAAAGAUUGUUUUUCACAAAUGGUACACAAAUUUUACAACAAUGCGUCACUGCUAGCUAUGGUAUAUGAUAUCACCAACAUCAAAUCUUUUGAAGAAUGUACACAAUUGUUUAAUGAAAUCAAAGCCAUAAAAACAAAUCCAUCACUUGCUUCUCUCCCAUGUGUCCUUAUAGGUAAUAAAUCAGAUCUCAGUCAACAGAGGAAAGUGACUACAAAAGAAGGGGAAGCUUUGGCUAAAAAGUUUGAUGCUGAAUUAUUUGAAUGCUCUGUUAAAGAGAUGCAGAAUGUUGAUUCUCCAUUUAUCUACCUCGCUGAUAUUUACUGUAAAAAAUAUGAGAAAAGCUUGGAAUAUUUUAGCACGCUUGGCUGA